AUGAUGGCUUCGGACGAUGGAAUUGGUCCCCGCAAGAAGCGCAAGACCAGCCCACCAGGGACUGUGCCUUACGUGCUGCAUUCGCUUUUCGCAGACGUGCCGAUAGCGACCGAGCAUAGCUCCGACGUCUACAUCACCUCCGUGGAAUACUGGAAUGAGAACCUCUACAUUGGCACAUCGGCAGCCGAGAUCCUACACUUUGUAUGCCUUCCGCCAGCUUCCCCGGACGAAUCCGCCGAUCCUACCUUCAUACUAGCAUCCCGAUUGCCCGUCCCAUUCGCCCAGAGGCCUUCUGCGGCUAGCGAAGAGGGCGUUCGCCAAAUUGUGGUUCUAUCGUCGGUUAACAAGGCGUGUGUUCUUUGCAAUGGCACGGUUACGUUCUAUAUGCUCCCGGAGCUCAGUCCAGCCUUUGGGAAUACGAAGGUCAACAGCUGUCGCUGGAUUGGUGGAUUGGAUCUCAACCGCGAUGCAGAUGAAGAGGAAGAUCCCACCUUAAUGAUCGCCGUGCAAAAUAGGAUCAUGCUUGUUCGGAUCGGUGACGAGGCGCGACGAAUCAAGAAGAUCGAAUUCCCUGGAUGCUUGACCGCAGCACGACGAGGAACGAUUGCUUGUGCCGCAGAUACGCAUUCAUACUCAUUGCUGGAGGUUGCACACCAGCAAAAGAUCCCUCUCUUCCCCAUAUCUUCUUCAAGUGAGGUCUUUGAGUCUGGGCAUGUCGAGGACAUGAACCCGGCACCACCCACCCCGCUUAAGCGCUCGCCCUCUGCGUCCUACCCCAACUCUCCGCCAAGUGACACGCCGGGCCAUGGUAGAAGUACAAGCUUGAAUCAGUUCGUGGGGAUGCUGUCCCCGCAGGCGCAGGCAGCCCAGCUAGAUAGAUCGCCUUCAGGGACACCAGACCCCUUCACUGCCACCGGGGAGCCUCGAAGAUCAAGCUCGUCGGAGCGUGAGGCCAAUGAUCUUCCUGGUUCCCCCGAAAAUAAAGAACCAGACAACCAAUCUCCUGCUAAUGAGAACGCAAAACCACUGCCGCCCCUACCUCCACCGACAAAGCAAAGUUCAAAGCGCCUCCAGCCCCAUGUGGUUUCUCCGACUCCAUCAGAAUUCCUGCUUGUGACUGGAACCGAGGAGAACGAGCCGGGUGUUGGGAUGUUUGUUGACAUGGAUGGCGAGGUUGUUCGUGGUACCAUCAACUUUCACCGAUUCCCGAAAUCGGUUGUGAUGGAUUCAAACCAAGACGACCAAAUCUUCCAAACAAGUGAUGAUACAAAGGAAGAGUUUGUCCUUGCCAUCAUUGAAGAUGAAGAGGACGGAAAGCCCCGGACUCGGCUUGAGAUACAGCGUUGGUACGACGACCCAGCCGAGAUUGAGCGGAAUAAGAAUUGGCUAGAGAUUCCCUCUCCAGCAGAGUCGCAAUAUGCCCAGGUGGGCCUCCGGCAUACACUCAGCGCCAGCCAUUUCGAGCUCAAUCCAAUCGGGCAGCUUUUGCGAAUGAUUCGCCUGAAGACUCCUUUGCUCCCUCCACACGUCACGGUGGCAGACUCGCGAACCCAGGCAUCUAUUGAGCAUGUCCAAAAGGAAAAUGAUUUAUUCGAAUCAACAGACGUUUCUGGUUCCAAGAAGAGCGAUGCUCAGACCCAGGAGGCUCAACGCGAUGCGGAAGAAGCAAAGUUUGCCCAUGGUCUAGGAAAGAUCCAAAGUGGACUUGUUAUGUGGUCUGGUUCUCAAAUUUGGCGGGUCCUGCAGAAUCCUCUAAUCAUCCAGCUCGAAGAUACUUUGCAGAAAGCCCAGGAAACACCAGAUGGCAGUGAGCACACAGUAUUACAAAGGGACACUGUGAUGGAGCUGCUGAUAUCGAUUCAAGACACCGAGCCAAAGUCAGAGUCCGAGUUUAUCGGUCUCAGCUAUGUCAAGCAAAAGGCGGGCCUGAUGCUAUUUGGGGACCUCCUCUCCAUGCAGCCAAAUGAGCGCAGUGAUAAUGCAAUCGACGAAACAGAAAAAGCACUGGUUGCAGGCAACCUUGAUCCCCGUUUGGCACUGCUGUUCAUUCCCCUCCUACGGUGCGAAGUUCUUCAGGGGCCGCAGGGUGUAUGGAUACACGCUGGACUAGGCAAAAUCACGGAACAAUACCUACAGCAGGUUGGCGAGAUAGGCGUCGAGUCAUCUGGGCUGAGUGCCUCACGCAGUCCGAUUCUCGACAUGGUUAAGCGGUUCCUCCUCUCUUGGCAGCAAAAACGCGGAUAUGGCAGUAUCACCGAUGAGACAUACGUUUUGGACAGUACCGAUGCCGCACUGUUGCACCUUACCCUGGAACAGGACGCCUAUCUAACACCAGACCAGCGUUCAGCGUCGCCAACUCGCUCUGAAUUGAACAAACUAGUCGAUAACUGGAAAGGUAAUUUUGAUCGAGCUGUGAUGCUGCUUGAAACUUACAAACGGCUGUACGUGCUCUCUCGGUUGUACCAAAGUCAAAAGAUGUCGCGGAAUGUUCUCAAAACCUGGAGAAGGAUCGUCGAUGGAGAGACCGACGCCGGAGGGGAGGUCUCGGCGAACGGGGUGGAGACGCAGAUGCGCCGAUAUUUGGUCAAAAUCAAGGAUGUGCAGCUGGUUGAAGAAUACGGCUCUUGGCUCGCUGGGCGAAAUCCAGACCUGGGCAUUCAGGUCUUCGCGGACAAUGCAAGCCGGGUGAGACUCGAACCGGCAGAUGUGGUUGCUUUGCUCAAGGAGCGAGCUCCCAACGCUGUUCAGGUCUACCUUGAGCACCUGGUCUUUGCCAAGAAUUACACUCAGUAUGCUGAUGACUUGAUCUCAUAUUACUUGGACACAGUGCUGUCUGUAUUGGAGUCUUCACCUGAAGCACGCGCUUCUCUGGCCGAAUCAUAUUCAACCUAUCGAGCCCUUCGAGCUCCCAAGCCAACCUACUUCAACUUUAUUACUGAGAACCGCCCCACAGAGCCCUGGUGGCAAUCACGACUUCGUCUCCUCCAGUUACUAGGCGGAGUCUCUAGCUCCCAAUUCUCCUCCCAACCACUGCCAACAGGAAUCAGCUACUCGAUUCCAAAUGUCCUCACUCGCAUCGAGCCUUUCCAAGACGAGCUCGUCUCCGAGUGCAUCAUCUUGGACGGUCUACAAGGCCAUCACGGUCCCGCCCUCCGCCUCCUGACCCACGGUCUCGGCGACUACGACUCUGCCAUCCGCUAUUGUCUCUUUGGCGGCCCCCGAAGCUCUUCAGCAGGAACACAAGAACUUGCAGAAUACGAUGUGCAAUGCGAACUCUUCCGCCACCUACUGACCGAAUUCCUCAACAUUGAAGACAUGUCCGAUGGUAUCGAGCGCACAAGCGAUCUCCUCGCCCGCUUCGCAGCCUGGUUUGAUGUCCGUGAAGUUAUCGACCUCGUCCCGGAGUACUGGAGCGUCGAUCUCCUUAACGACUUCUUCGUGCAGGUCUUCCGGGCUUUGGUCUCGGAGAGCCGGGAGAGUCGGAUUAAGCGGGCCCUUAGUGCUGGUCUGAAUCUUCGCAUUGGGGCAGAGUUCAUCGAGGGCAUGGAGAAGGCGGGUCCCUGGAUUGAGGAGGCUGAAGGCUUACGCAAGUUGAAGGAUGCGCUGCCUCGGCCUGAUGACUCUGAGUUUGGUGAGACGGUGGGGCCAUCUGGGGAAGUGGGCCAAGUCGAUCAAUGA